GACUAAAGCUAUUUGUCAUCGCUUGAGUUGUUUGCUUAGAGUAAAGCAUUCCGGAUGGUUGCCGAAUGGAUUCGCUGCUCAUAAGACCCUUUCGUAGGACGGGCGAACAUCUCGACACCAUAUUCGCGCGGCUAAGGAAUGAAUUGGUGUUUAAGAAAGUGCAUCCACACGUUGUUCGCCAGAUCUGCUUUUAUGCCUACUAUGAAGACCUGGAACCAGGGACUGUCUUAUAUCGGCAGGACGCCAAGGGGCUCAAUUGGUACGCCAUACUCACAGGGUCCGUCAACAUCUGCGUAUCCCAGACCAGCAAGAUCGAGGACGCGGUAACAUUGUGUUGUCUGGGUCCUGGAAGCACGUUUGGGGAAUCUGUUUUGGAUGGCUCUCCCAGAACCGCUACCGCCAUCACUAACGACUAUUGCGAAUUGCUGUGUGUGAAUGGCGAGUACUUGAAAACCAUCUUUCAGCAAAACAGACGUUACCUUGUGGGCAUUGAACUUCCCGGAGAACAGUGCAACACCGUCGAGGUGACUGAGGCGGACGAGAACAGUCCUGGAGUUGAAGAUGUUGGAGUGCCCCUUCAUGACAACAAGAAGCUCUCGCAGAUUAUGCUUAAUGCUGCAGUCGUCCUGCAUAACAAGAUGGUCAAGUCUGCACCUCACCUUUUUAAAGAGCGUUCCUGCAACUCAGGGACGUUCCCUGAUUGUUUCGCUGGGAGCGAGGCGGUGGACUGGCUGUUGGAUAGCUCCAGACAAGUCCACAGUCGAUUCCAUGCCGUCUCUGUAUUCCAGGCUCUGUUGGAAGAAGGCGUGAUUUCUCAUGUGACCCAUGAGUAUGUAUUCAAGGACAGACACCACCUCUAUUACCGAUUCUCCCACAAAAAGCUACAGGUCGCUGAGAGAGAGUUCCCCGCACACAAAGAUUUCGAGGAAGUGAUGGGCUACCUGUGUAAUAUUGGUCCUGACGCAGUCUUCAGAAUGGCCUUACGAACUCCACCCAACGCCCGGAGCCAGGAGGACGUGGACACUAUCUAUGAGGAACUCCUACGCAUCAAAUCUCUGUCAUAUAUCUCGAGCACGGUGAAAAAGGAAAUGGCCGCAGCUGUAGUACUGGAAUCAUGCGAGCACAAGGGAACGGUCCUGUUCAAUCAAGGAGACGAAGGGGAUUCCUGGUACAUAAUCCUCAAAGGUUCCGUCAAUGUCGUCGUGUUAGGAAAGGGCAUUGUGUGCCAGCUACAUACGUGGGAUGAUUUUGGGAGGCUUUCACUGGUCAACAACGCACCGCGUGCUGCGAGCAUUGAAACCUGCGAGGAUAACUGUCAUUUUCUACGCGUAAGCAAGGAGACCUUCGAUAAUAUACUCAAGGAUGUGGAGUCAAGCAGCCUCGUUUUGAAGGAGCACGGAAGUGAUGUGCUGGUUCUAGAGGAAUUCAAGGAUCGUGUCCCUGUCAACGAAAAGGGCCAGUUCAAGGAGAAAAGCUAUUACGCCGUUAUGGCCGGUACAGCCAGUAAAAUGGUAGACUACCUGCUCCAGAUCCCUACCAACAAGGAAACAGAGAAGAUCGUCAGGGUCGCUGAUGACUUCUUGGUGGACUUCUUGCUAACUUAUCCCAUCUUCAUGAAACCCGAAAGCUUUUGCCUCGAACUCUUCACGAAGUAUGAGGCUACUGACACGACACCAAAGCCUAGCGACGUUUCCACUGAGUGCAGAACAAAAAAGCAAGCCGUGGAACACCGAAUUCUGGUAAAGAAAAGGGUGGCCCAGGUUCUACUACAGAUGUUGCGUCUGGCUAAAAACCUUCUGCUCAAGGAGCAAGGCUGCAUUUCUCUUAUUCUCGAUGUUAUGCGCUGUAUUCUAAACGAUAACCUUCAGGAUGAAUACGAAGCCCUUAAGAAGGCCAUUGCAUCACAGAAACGAGAACCGGCCAACGAUGAAAAAAUCAAGACACAUGUUCCAACGCGACGCACCAUGUCCUUUUCAUCCCGCCGCGGGGGCACUGCCGACCUCAAGCAGCCAAGGAGGAGCAAAAUGACACCAAUAGAAAAAGAUGACUACGUGACAUUCCGCGUGUACUGCGCGGACCACACGUACAGCACCGUGCGCAUGCGCUAUGGGGACACGGCACAGAUGAUCGUGGACACUGCCAAGGAGAGACUUCUUCUUGGGGACGACUGCGUCCUCUGCGAGGUGAAAUCAUCCGGAGAACGUCUUGUUUUCCAAGGCAAUGAAAUAAGCGUCAUUACGAGGAUAAGCAUCAACAGCAAACUAUUCAUCGCGCCUAAAGAGCAUAUUGAUUCACUGACGCCACUGAUGGAGCAGGAGGGGCCGGAGUGUGGGACACGCCUAAUUGAGGUGAUCAGCUCGCGGGAGAUCGCGUAUUACCUGACGCAGUACGAGUACGAGUUGUUUGAGCGAUGCAACAUCUACGAGUUUAUCUACCAGUCAUUUGAUCGUGAAAAAUUUGGUCAGAUCAGUGCUAACCUAGAUAUCUGCUUGAGCCGUUUUAAUGAGGUGCACUACUGGGUCAUUACUGAGAUCUGUCUUGCAACACAGCUCAGCAAAAGAGUCUUCCUCUUGAAAAAAUUUAUCAAGAUUGCAAGCUACUGUAAGGACUACAAGAAUUUGAACUCUGCAUUCGCCAUUAUCAUGGCACUGAACUGCGCCGCCAUCAGCCGUCUCACUCAGACAUGGGAGAAAAUACCGAACAAGUAUAAAAAGCUGUACAGGGAGCUCGAUGCAAUUCUGGACCCGUCCGGGAACCAUAGAGUCUACAGACUUGUUGUCGCCAAGAUGAAACCCCCAGUAAUACCGUUCAUGGUCCUUAUCGUGAAAGACAUAACAAUCAUAAACUAUGGGAACAAGACAUUUGUGAAUGAACUUGUCAAUUUCGAGAAAAUGCGGAUGAUAACCAUCAGCUUAAGACUCGUGGAGUAUUGCCGGAGCGCGCCUUUUGAUACUCCGGCGCCUUCCUCGUUGAAGAUACCUUCUGAAGUGCCAUCUUAUGUCAGAAACUUGCAAGUGAUCGAUAACGGAAAGACCCUGACGCAGCUGUCCUAUCGCCUGGAGCCCCCUACCAAUAACUGAGCAGCAAAGAGCUACAAGGACACAUAAAUGUCUAUACCUUGAGAUGGAUUUGCUUUUUUGCUCUCUAGGCAGUUUUUGGCCGCUUUUCUUUGUAUUUCGCCUGUUCGAUCAAGCAUCAGAUUCGAAUUUGGCGCACUGAGCCGUGUCACGUGACACAGUAAAUGGCCGAACAUUCUGCGAUAUGGUCAAUCAACAGUCUCGAGCACAGAGGGAUAAGGGUGGUUAUUUUAUUUUGCUUGAAAAUUUAAUGACAAUGAAACGAAAAAUGUUCAUAAGUCGCCUAUGAACAUUCUUCGCUUUUGGAAUUUGGAAUUGCUAUCCUACAGUGUUAGGGUAACAGACUCUUGGUGGCACCCCUAUGCCCAAACAAGAACUGAGUACCCUCCCCCCAUCCCGGGACGUACUUCUCUAAGCUGUGCAUCCAGUCUGCCACGAUGCAGUCAGUGUAAGACUUGGGUCGGGGACAGCAGCGCGCUUCUUCGAUGCGAUGAAUACCGUCAUCACUGACUCCUCCAUUGGUGUUUCGAUAAAGACCGUUGAUGUAAAUAGUCUUGCUGCAGCAUGUGGAAUAGCCUUCAUUGUCAAAACUGCUCAACCAGUUUGUGAUGGUGCAUCCCUUAAGUUGGUCGGUAAGGGCCACCAGUAGGACCAGCACCUGACAGAUGAAUGAAGAUGAUACUUCUAGGAUGCGAGAUAAAGUCCUAACUUAAAGCCGCAUUGUCACCAGUUUACUUCCGGUCGAUUACGUAACAAUCUCCGAUGAUUUUUAACGGAAAACGCGAAAAAUAUUUCAAAAUAUUAAAAGCAUUGUGUCUAUUGGAAGUUUCUUUGCGGAUGUGAUUGAUAAUUUAGAGCGGAUGGCCUGUUAAAUAUCUCGGAUUCUAAUAGAUUCUUUUGUCUUUUAACGGUUGAGGUUCCCGUCGGACCUGACAAUGCGGCUGUAAGUUUUCAAAUCCUUUUAAGGGAAUUGAAGUUGAUUGAAAUUUGAGUUUUCUAAAGAGCUUUAAAAAUUGACGCUCAUUUUCUUGGCCGCGCGAAAGGGAAUUGAACCGAGGUUAUCUUUUUCUUUUUUUUUCUUUUUUUUUUUCCAGCCAUUCGACAACAAAUUUCAGUACAAAAACUACGUAGUAGUUUCAAUGCUAUUCUUCCGGGUUUGUGUGAGGCCAUUGGAACAUAUAGGAAAACAAGCCAUUCUCCUCGCGUAACAUGCGUUACCAAUCUGUUUAGUGGCAAUGUAGAAGAGAAGCUUAUAAGGUCUCGAAGUGGCCAUGUUUGCAAUGCUUUAUUGUAAUAUGAAAGGACAAGCAAAGAACAGGAGCUUAAAGCUUCAAAUCUUUUGAAUCCUCAUGUAAAAGCAAACGCCCAGGGAAAAUGUGAAAUGAAAGAGUCUGAACCAUUCAUUUGUGUUUUGAUUUAGAUGACAUAGAGUCUCUAAUGAAUGAUUAUGUUGUUGAGCAAGAGCCCCAAGGGCGUAAGCGCCGUUUGAAUGAUGCACCCAAUGGCCCUGUAAACAUAAGUGGUAGCUGCAAUAUUACUAUUAAUUACUUCUAGUUGUAGGUUCUAUAACCUACCUAUCGUAACUUGAUCAAUGAUUAAAGUGAGGGCGAAAUAAA